AUGGUUCCCUCAAUUGACGAAGUCGAGGAGUACUUUCAGUCUCUCGAACGCUUCCUGACAGAUACUCUGGUGGUCGCCUCGCCUGGUCUUCCAAACAUCCGAGAGGCCGUUCACCGUCUUUGGGUUGAUAUCUCUCGAUUUGGGCCACCUGGUCUUUCUUCAUUCCCUGACAUACAUGUCCCCGGUCUUGGGGCAUUUGAGGUUCCUCCACCCCCGCCUCCACCUCCACCCCCGAGGACUCUCGUAGAGAAGGCUGGUGAUUGGAUUAUGGAGAAUCCAUGGAAGAGCUCUAGCAUAGCAGUAACAGCUCUUGGAGCUGGCCUACUCGCUGGCUACACUACCUUCCAUAUGACGCGCGUCCAUAAGAGAAGAGUUCGGUCAACCACUGUCACUCCUGAGAAGCGGCAGGUUGUUGUCGUGUUGGGUGGUGAUCACCCACUGGGCCUCCCACUUAUCAUCGAACUUGAGCAGAAAGGAUACAUCGUUGUCACUAGCGUCUCCACACCGGAAGCUGUCAGCAGCAUUGAAAGCAAAGGACAUGGAUAUGUCCGAGCUCUUGUCCUUGAUCCCAAUGAGCCUGGCACCAUCCCAAUCUUUCUUCGGUCGCUCGCAUCUACUUUAUCCCGACGGUUCCCAAUUACAUCCGCUGGUGACCCAUAUGCAGCCACCCCUUACCAUCCGCUUCUCCAUUCCAUAAUAUCUCUACUCACACUGCCGGUUCCAUCCAUUCAUACGACACCAACCCCCAUCGAACAACUAUCUUUACGAAGUACAUAUCUUCCGCAUCUUCUCUCCACACACUUUGCUCCUCUCCAGGCACUUCAAGCACUCCUACCAUUACUGCGCGGGGAUGCCCAGCGCGCGGGCGGGCGCAAGUCCAUCAUUGUGUGUCUCCCUGCUGCUGAUGCACGUGUUGGAUUGCCUUUCGGUGGCGUCAGUGCCAUGAGCGCAGCAGCCACUUCUCGUGCGUUGGAUGUGUUACGCCGUGAGGUUGCUGUUGGACAAGGCAUGAGCUCCAUCCGCGUCGUUGCUGUCGAUGUGGAGAAAGCAACCUAUGGUCAGGCAUUCGCUGCACUCGGAGAAACUAGCAUGGGACAGUCUCGCAGACCGGAGGACAUUUCUGUCCUCGUGAAUCAUAUAGUUGGUGUCGUCAGUGCUGGAACAAAAACCAAGAUAGCGAGUAAAACGAUUUGCGGUAUACGCGUUGGUUUGGGGUAUGAGAAAAUUAGAGAUUGGAUUCGUGGCGACCGAUUUGCUGUUGGUGCUGGCGCAGGAACAUACACGUUUGCGUCAUUCCUCCCUGGCAUGCUGCUAGAUGGAUUGCUGAAUCUACCCCACAUAUUGGUUGGUGUCCGUAAUCGGCUCCUACCUGUGCCUCCUGCACAACCACACACAAUUCCAAAGGUGGCUCGUAACAUUCCAUCCUCCACUGCGGUUUCUGUAAUCCUGCCAUCAUCUUCCUCGGCGGUGAGCAUAACACACUCAGCUCCACGUCCAUCACCUCCAGAGGCAGCUGCAUCGGCGCUUGAGCAGACUGAGUCUCUUUCCGAGCCUGAAGAUGUAAGUGAACUUGGGACAGGCUCCGAGGCUGAGUUCGAGAGUAAUUCUGGCGAUGGCGGUGCAUCUACAGUGGAAAGCAGCUGGGUGAGCUUGGGAUCUCGUGGGCGCACUGAUGAGGUUUAG